CUCAAUCUCAGGCUCUCAGCAGUCAGCAAAGACAAGAAAAGGGUGGCAACUUGCAAUAUAAAUUCGAAAUCCGAAGAAAGUUUUUAGGCACCCCGACUCUCCGCAGAAAGCCAAACAAGCAAUAGCAAAAGUGCUACCGCCAUACAAAUUCCCACAUUCUCUCUCCUCUUCUCUUCUCCCACAUUCUCUCUCUCUCUAUCUCAAUGUCAAACCUCGCUUAACUCCAACCCUAACCCUAUCUCAUUUUUGUCCCGUGUUUUUAAUCUCCAUUAAUGGCGUCUCUUGCACUUCGCUCUCUGUCUUCUUCUUCCUCCUCUUCGUCUUCCUCUUCCUUCAGUAUUUCGCCUCCUCCUCGCUCUCUUUCUCGCCUUCUUCGUCCUUUUCCUGUUAAAUGUAAUGGUGGUGAACCAUUGAAGUUGGUUAAUGGACGGCCAUCUGUCCCAGUCCUUGAUGAGCAAUCUCUGCCGAAAUUUUUGCACUCAAAACGCCUGGAGAAUUCUGUAAACAGGAGUAGUACAAGGUUGAAACUAUUUUCUGGUUUGGCAAAUCCGGCGCUGGCCAAGGAAAUUGCUUGGUACAUGGGAUUGGAGCUGGGAAAAGUGAAUAUAAAACGGUUUGCAGAUGGUGAGAUUUAUGUGCAGCUGCAGGAGAGUGUUAGAGGAUGUGAUGUAUUUAUUAUUCAACCAACAUGCCCUCCGGCUAACGAAAAUCUUAUGGAGCUUUUAGUCAUGAUAGAUGCUUGUCGUAGAGCAUCAGCCAAAAACAUCACUGCAGUGAUCCCGUACUUUGGGUAUGCCAGAGCAGAUAGGAAGACUCAGGGACGUGAAUCAAUUGCUGCCAAACUAGUAGCGAAUCUUAUUACAGAGGCAGGUGCUAACAGGGUACUAGCAUGUGAUCUCCACUCUGGGCAAUCAAUGGGAUACUUUGAUAUUCCUGUGGAUCAUGUAUAUUGUCAGCCUGUGAUACUUGAUUAUUUAGCUAGCAAGGGUAUUGCAUCAAGUGACUUAGUCGUAGUCUCCCCUGAUGUUGGAGGAGUUGCGAGAGCUCGUGCCUUCGCCAAAAAGUUGUCUGAUGCACCUUUAGCCAUUGUGGAUAAAAGACGAAAUGCACAUAAUGUUGCUGAGGUGAUGAACCUUAUUGGUGAUGUGAGAGGAAAAGUUGCUGUGAUGGUGGAUGACAUGAUAGACACUGCUGGCACUAUUACAAAAGGUGCAGAGCUGCUGCAUGAAGAGGGGGCUAGAGAAGUCUAUGCAUGUUGCACUCAUGCUGUUUUCAGAUGUUGGUGAAUCUUGGUAUUUCUACAUGGCUUGUAGGAACUGUAUCUGAUUGGAUUUGGAUUAUAAUGUGAAGAGGUGCACUAGAUUGCUUUUCUAUUUUUUCCCUCCUGAGUUCCUUUCAGAACUCCUUUUUGCUUUAGUUAUAAUCUUAAGACUCGUAAUUGAGUACUAAAGGAUAUGUAUGAAUCUGACAAAAAAAGGGGGGGAGGGGAACUAUAUGAGCUUAGUACAUGGUGUCAAAAUAAGGCCGGCAUCGUAUCGUAUCACACGUGUCGUAAAGGUUUUCAAAUCUACCGAACCGAUAUUACCCGCAUUGUAAAGGUGUAAAAAUACCGCAUUUUAGGCGGGUUUUAGGGAUAAUUCAUGAUUUAAGCCGAUAUUUAGCGGUAUGACAACCACAUCAAUCAUCAUCCCUGUUACAUCACUAUGACCGUUACCGCAACCGUGACCAAAACAGUAUUUUCGAACUAUGGCUUAAUAGGACUUUCUAUCAGUUGAAGGAUUCAUUUUUAUUUUCUUGUUUCUAAUGUUUUUUCUUUCUUGUUCUCUUGAUAUAACUAGUAUCUCUUGGUUCCUUUUUAAUGCACUUAUUUAUGUAUA